AACAUUAACUGAGCAAUGAGGGGGCUGACAGUAGAGUACUGGGCACUACAGGAUCCAGCUAGGGGAACACUCACCGUGCCUGUCUGACUCUCUAUCUGUCUAUAUCCUAAUCCCGUUUGCCUAUAUCACCUAUCCCCUGACCAAACAUCGGCUGGGUUUCUUUGUUCUGUAUUGCAGGCUAGCUGUUGGGAUAUGAAGCUGCAUCUGCCUGUACUCUUGCUGCUCUGCCUCUGUUGGCUGGGACUGACUGAUGAGACUGGUACGGUAGCUACUGAGUACCACUCUUGCGGGGAGCAGGUGCUCAGCCAGGAGGCCCAGUGGUCAGUAGGGGGUGCUGUAGAGAGACUGGGCAGGCAGCUACUGGACAGCCUGCAGACAGGGCCAGAGCAGCCCAACGUCAUCAUAUCACCCCUCAGCGUGGCCCUUGCACUAGCACAGCUCACACUGGGAGCUCGUAACGAGACACAGAAGUUGCUGCUAAGUUCUCUACACGCCCACACUGUGCCCUGCUACCAUGAAUCCCUGGGCAGCCUGCUCCAACACCUCACCAACACCUCCCUACAGGUGGCUACACGCAUGUACCUGCGCCCAGAGUUUGAGGUGUACCAGUCCUUUGUUGCAGAAUCCAUGCGUAGCUACAAAUCAGAGCCUGCCCCCUUGAUCUCAGUGGAAGAUGUCAACCAAUGGGUGGAAGACACCACCAAAGGUCACAUGACCAAUUUCCUGACCAGUAUUCCACAUGAUGUGGUGCUCAUGCUGAUCAAUGCUGUGCAUUUCAAAGGUGAGUGGGAGGCUCGCUUCGACCCUCAGCUCACACAGAAGGAUGUCUUCUAUCUGGACAAUAAGAACUUUGUCCAUGUAGACAUGAUGCGGUCAGCCAAGUAUCCACUGAGCCUGUUAGAAGAUGGGGAGCUUGGGGCUCAGGUUGCACGUUUUCCAUUUAAGGGAAACACCAGCUUUCUGGUAGUGAUGCCGUUGCCAGGAAGAGGAAACGUGUCAUCGCUGGUGGCCAAGCUGAAUAUCUCUGACCUGUACAGACGUUUACCUCAGGAGAGGACCAUGCAGGUCCAACUGCCCAAGUUCACCCUGCAGUACCGCCAAGAGCUACAGGAGGCGCUGACCAGCAUGGGUCUGGGCUCUUUGUUCUCUAGUCCUAAUCUGUCCGGUGUCUCAGCGGUUCCUCUGCAGGUGUCCAGCAUGCGUCACGCCUGCGGGGUGGAGUUGAGUGAGGAGGGGGCCGAAGCAUCUGCAGCCACCUCCAUCACCAUCAUGCGCUCUGUUCCCAUCUUUUCUGUAAACUCCCCCUUCCUGUUCGCCCUGGUAGACCACGCCUCCCUCGCUCCAAUCUUCCUGGGCACCGUCACUAACCCAGCCCCUGACGCCAGCCCCAUUCAGAUCAACAGUCCCCUCGGCGAUGAUCCCAAUGGCAACAGGACCCAAAGUGACAGCUCUCAUAGCAACAGCAAUGUACAGAACGAUGGUCCCCAUAGUAACAACAACGUACAGAGCGACAGUCCCCAUAGCAGUAACAACGUACAGAGUGACCAGCCACAAAGUGAGAGAAUGCAGUGUGGCGUCCCUGUCGGGGGGGAGGAGCAACAACAGCCCCUGAAUGAAGUAGAGGGAAACCCCAACACCCAAGUGGAGGGGCAAGGAUCCAGUUCCUGUGCCAAUCCCUCUCAUACAGUUCCUUCCUAAACCAACAAUGAUGCCCAGCUUGCCCCAACCAAUCUCUCACUGUUCUGUCCUGAGUAACACUGAUGCCCAGCUUGUCCCUAACCCAUCUCUCACUGUUCUGUCCUGAGCAACACUGAUGCCCAGCUUGUCCCUAACCCAUCUCUCACUGUUCUGUCCUGAGCAACACUGAUGCCCAGCUUGUCCCUAAUCCAUCUCUCACUGUUCUGUCCUGAGCAACACUGAUGCCCAGCUUGCCUCAACCCAUCUCUCACUGUUCUGUCCUGAGCAACACUGAUGCCCAGCUUGCCCCAACCCAUCUCUCACUGUUCUGCCCUGAGCAACACUGAUGCCCAGCUUGCCCCUAACCCAUCUCUCACUGUUCUGUCCUGGGCAACACUAAUGCCCAGCUUGCCCCAACCCAUCUCUCACUGUUCUGUCCUGAGCAACACUGAUGCCCAGCUUGCCCCAACCCAUCUCUCACUGUUCUGUCCUGAGCAACACUGAUGCCCAGCUUUCCCCAACCCAUCUCUCACUGUUCUGUCCUGAGCAACACUGAUGCCCAGCUUGCCCUAACCCAUCUCUCACUGUUCUGUCCUGAGCAACACUGAUGCCCAGCUUGCCCUAACCCAUCUCUCACUGUUCUGUCCUGAGCAACACUGCCUGACCAGCUGGUCUCAUAUGGAGCCCAGCCCUCACAUAGCAAAACCCUAUCCCAAUCUAUUGGCACAGUUCCCAGUCCAGAAUCAACAACAGCCCCUACCCCUAGACACCUGACAACUUCGCACAGUCCCUCCCCUCCCCAGUGAAUGCCCCUGAUUACAACCCAAUGAUUUAGGAGAGACCAUGGACCUGUCCCAUACUACACUGUGUGUGCAGAUUAACACUCAAAUGUGUUUUUUUACACUUGGCUGUGCACUGUCUGUCUUACAGUAUUUGUGUUUUGUUUUGAUGUCUUACUUUUUGAUGAUUCUCACCUCUGGUAUUGAUUAAAGAAAUGAAGUCUCAA